UACUUUACAGCAAGUCAAAACAUAAGAUAUUUAGGCAUGUAAAUAGAAAAAUAAAACACAUGUUUCGACUAUGCUGAAAUCAUAUUGUAAUGUAGCCUCAAUACACAUCGUCACACCAAACUAUUUUUCUAUAACGACAGCCGUUUUACGUGACCCCUUUUUGUUUCCAAAUAUAGCACAAGCAUGGCCGGUUCCUCGGGUUUGUUGAGAUGUCCUCCAUAUUGUAAGAGUAGCUGUACAGUGAGACAUCAUCCACUACUCCUGGCUGUUGUCAACUGUAUAGACACAGAGGAAGACCAGGAAAUGAUGGAAUCCUUGUUACAAGACUUGCAAGACUGUAUCAAUGACUACACAAAGGAUGGAAAAUGGAAGAAAGAAGGUGUUAUCCCUGAUCCCAAUGAAGCAUAUCAGUUUCCUAUGAUACACUGGGCAUGUGCAUUAGGAAGGGUGUUUGCCGUUCUUUGGUUAAUAGAAGAGGAUUUCAAGCCAACACAGCAAACCACUGAAGGUGAUACGGGACUGCACAGGGCCAUCUACUGCCUGCAGGAGACGUGUCCUAAAGAGGCUCUGCAGAAGUUUCAGAAACUGGUCCCACCUAUGGAGAGUGCUUUACUGGUGAAGAAUCUCUCUGGUUGCACCCCUGUCCACACCUGCUGUCAGUUGCUGCACAAAGAAGUGCCUAAAGUGGAGUUUCAUUAUGAAUGUCUGGCAGCCAUGGUGGGACAUGGAAAGAGAAAGGGCGAUGGUAGGACAGAUACAAUGUUCCCUUCAUUUUUUCUUAUCUUGCUGAUGAGCACCCAGUGCCACCCACUGUCACUGUCAUCCAGAGACACACAGGCCCACAUGCACAGACUUAGGGGCCAUUCAGAAUAG